AUGUUACGCUUUUGGGUUUCUAUUGGAUUUUCUUUAUUAAUUCAUACAGAGUUUUGUUCUGCUUUCUGUCCAAAGAAUGGAAUAAGUGGAUCAACCGCUGGGAGCUGCUUUUUCGGACUCGAACUCAAUAAAACAUUUGAUGAUGCUAACAAUUUUUGCGCAACAUAUUUUAAUGGAAAGCUUGCCUCAAUUACGACUCCUCUCGAUGAUUCAAAAGUGCUCGAAUUGGCAAGAAGUUUCUUCAAGAGCGCCGAGAAUGUAUGGCUUGGAGGCACAUAUGAUGGCUCGAAAAUUGAAUGGCUCGAUGGAUCGCCAGAUGUCUAUCAAAACUUUGUUUCAGAGACAGCACCCGGGAAAGUUGUGUUGAAUUUGAAAGGCGAAUUGACAAAAACCGGAGUGAACGACCUGCAAGCGUGGAUUUUGUUCGGUGGACAACGGACUGGACCUGGUGUCGAUGAUUGGAAAUGGUCGGAUGGAUCACCGUGGAAUUACACGAAUUGGGCUCCCGGGGAACCGAACUCCGGGGACAGUCACUGUGUUCGUAUUUACGCCGAUGUAACCAAUCCAGCUAUGACGGCCAAAUGGGACGAUUGGCCCUCUGUGGACUUUGCUUACAAAACGGAUGGCUGGUGCGGUGUGGUUGCUACGGGACAGUGUUGCCCUUUAUGGCGCCCCUAUCCCUCAACAAUCAUCAGUGUCAAGGGCCAUGUGGUCAUUCUGAUUGGAAAUACGGCUAUUGUGAGGAGGAGAAUCAGUGGUUUAUGGGGAGGACAAAGGAUGAUUGGAGUUGGUUGCCUGGGACAACGAAGAAAACCUGAUUGGAACAGAGCCUCUUGGACAACUCUUGACGAAAAAGUUUCACUGAACGAUUUUGAGUUGAUCUUGGAUUUCGACGAUUUGGACGACUUGAUUUCGAUCGAUCAC